AUGAACCCUCCAGAUGUAGCCAGAGAAUGCAGACAGACAACAAGGAAAGCCAAGGCCCUCCUGGACCUGAAUCUCGCCAGAGGGGUGAAGGAGAACAAGAAGAGUUUUUUCAAAUAUAUCAAUGAUAAAAGGAAGAGCAGACAAAAGGUGAGCCCACUGCUGAAUGAGAGGGGAGAUAGGGUCAGUGAUGAUGCAGAGAUGGCAGAGUUACUGAAUGCCUUCCUUGCCUCAGUCUUCACUCCUAAGACCAGCCCUCAGGAACCUCAGUCUCUAGAAGCAAGGGAGCAGAACUGGAGAGAUGUUGACAUUCCACUGGUCAGUCAGGACUGGGUUAGAGAUCUCUUAGACCAUCUCAAGACACACAAAUCCAUGGGGCCUGAUGGGAUGCAACCAUGAGUGCUGAGAGAGCUGGCUGAGAGAGCUGGCUGAAGUGUUGCUGAACCUCUCUCCAUCAUUUUUGAAAAGUCCUGGAGAACAGGAGAGGUGCCUGAUGACUGGAAGAAAGCAAAUGUCACUCCAGUCUUCAAAAAAGGCAAGAAGGAGGACCCAGGCAACUACAGACCAGUCAGCUUCACCCCCAUCCCUGGAAAGAUAAUAGAGCAGCUCAUCCUGGAGGUGAUCUCUAACCACAGGGAAGACAAGAAGGUUAUCAGGAGUAGCCAACGUGGAUUUACCAAGGGGAAAUCUUGUCUAACUAAUCUGAUAGCCUUCUGUGAAGUUAUGACCAAGUGGGUAGAUGAGGGAAGAGCAGUGGAUGUCAUAUGCCUUGACUUCAGUAAAGCUUUUGAUACAGUCUCCCAUAACAUCCUCACAGAAAAGCUCAGAAGAUGUGGCAUAGAUGGUUGCACUCUGUGCUGGGUUAGGAACUGGCUGGAGGGCCAAGCCCAGAGAGUGGUGGUGAAUGGUGCCACAUCCAGCUGGCAGCCUGUCAUUAGUGGUGUCCCCCAGGGAUCAGUGCUGGGCCCCAUCCUGUUCAAUAUCUUUAUUGAUGAUCUGGAUGAGGGGAUUGAGUCCAUCAUCAGUAAAUUUGCAGAUGACACCAAGCUGGGAGCAGGUGUUGAUCUGUUAGAAGGUAGAAGGGCUCUGCAGAGGGACCUUGACAGGCUGGACAGAUGGGCAGAGUCCAACAGGAUGGCAUUCAACAAGUCCAAGUGCUGGGUGCUCCACUUCGGCCACAACAACCCCAUGCAGAGCUACAGGCUGGGGUCAGAGUGGCUGGAGAGCAGACAGACAGAAAGGGACCUGGGGGUACUGGUUGACAGGCGCCUGAACAUGAGCCAGCAGUGUGCCCAGGUGGCCAAGAGAGCCAAUGGCAUCCUGGCCUGCAUCAGGCAUAGUUUGGCCAGCAGGAGCAGGGAGGUCAUUGUACCCUUGUACACAGCACUGAUGUUCAGUGGAUCCAACAAGAUGAUUUUACAGAGUAAUGUAUCACUUAGAGCAACAAUGGGAAGCAGAAUAGAGGCCAGGUGA